AUGAGCCCUGUGAGGCCGACAGCAGUGGGGUGGGACUGCUGGCUGCUCGCUGCCAUCGCCUGCCUCACUAUGAACGAGAAGCUGCUUUAUCGAGUCAUCCCUCCAGACCAGAGCUUCAGCCACAACUAUGCCGGUAUCUUCCACUUUCAGUUUUGGCGUUACGGCGAGUGGAUCGAUGUGUUAGUGGACGACCGGAUCCCCACCUGCAAGAACCAGCUGGUCUUCACCAAGUCUUUCAGAAAGAAUGAGUACUGGAGUGCACUGCUGGAGAAGGCCUACGCAAAAUUGCAUGGGUCAUACGAGGCUCUGAGAGGGGGCAACACUCUGGAGGCCAUGGAGGACUUCACUGGAGGGGUCACAGAGUUCUUCGAGCUGAGCCAUGCUCCAGAACAGCUCUUCUGCAUCAUGAAGAAAGCCCUGGAGAGAGGCUCACUCAUGGGGUGCUCCAUUGACGUGGCGUCACUGAUUGAGAUGGAGAGCCACAUGGAGCAGGGCCUGGUGCGGGGCCAUGCCUACUCGAUCAUCGCCCUGGAGGAGUGUGACCAAGUAGACCAGGACAGCAGAGUGCAGCUCAUCCGCCUCCGCAACCCCUGGGGCUGGGUGCUCUGGAAGGGCCCCUGGUGCACAAAUUCUAAGGAAUGGUCUACUAUCUCCAUCGCUGACUGCAACAGCCUGAAGAAACAGACAGUGCAGGAGAGUGAGUUUUGGAUGUCUUUUGCAGACUUUAAGAAGUAUUUCACCAAGAUGGAGAUCUGUAACCUUACCCCAGAUGGACUGCAAGGCGAGGUGCGCAGCAGCUGGAGUGUGUCAGUGAAUGAGGGCCGCUGGGUGAGGGGCAGCUCUGCAGGGGGCUGCCGCAAUUAUCCUGAGUCGUUCUGGACCAACCCUCAGUACCGACUGCAGCUGCUGGAAGAGGAUGAUGACAGUGAGGAAGGGGAGAAGCUCUGCUCUCUGGUGGUCUCACUCAUGCAGAAAGGCCGUCGUAUGCAGAAGAACCAGGGACCCAGGUUCCUCACUAUUGGCUUCUCCAUUUACCAGGUCCCAAAGGAGAUGCAGGGGAAGCACCAGCACCUCCAGAAGGACUUCUUCCUCUACACUGCAUCCAAAGCUAAGUGCCAGAGCUAUAUCAAUCUGCGCGAGGUGACGGAGCGCUUUAGGCUUCCCCCAGGGGAGUAUGUCAUCAUUCCGACCACCUUCGAACCACAUCAGGAGGGAGACUUCAUCCUGCGUGUCUUCUCCGAGAAGGACAGUCUGUCUGAGUGA